AUGUCGCGGCAUCUCGUGCAACGGCCACUCUCUCAAGGAGUGCGGCUACCAUUUCAACAUGCUCGACAACCACAGCCGUUCCUGUCCUGCUUCCCCUCUGCCGCCUCACGCUCUUUCCAUGCUACGCCCCAUCAGAAAUAUACAAUCCUGGACCCCGUCAUCGACGCUACUCACAACGCCUUCCUCGGAAUCCACCAUGUUCUCCCUUGGUGGGCCGCCAUCCCGUUUGCUGCCGUCGCAGUCCGCCUUGCCUUUCUCCCGCUGACGAUAUGGUCGCGCCGCAUAAUAGCGAAGCAAAGGAGCCUUACGCCUCUCAUUACAGCAUGGCGAGGGGCACUGGGGCGCAAUGUUGACCUAUCCAAGGGAACCUCCAAUAUGAAAGUGCUGGCCGCACGCAAGACAAUGGAAAUAUACAGGGCCUUCUCCUGCCAACGCUACAAGCUGUUCAUCGCACCCGCGCUACAACUUCCAUUCUUCCUCAUAAUCAUCGAGUCAAUCCGACGGUUGGCUGGAGCGGGUCAGGGACUGUUACGCCUGCUUUUCAGCUCCGUGCCUUCUGCGACGGAAGGCGCUGCUGAAACUGCGUCUGGUGCAACCGCGAACACAGGCAUUGCCACUGCGCUCACCCGGAUAGAACCUUCGAUGACAACCGAAGGGCCUCUGUGGUUUGUCGACCUCAGCGCUGCAGAUCCACUCCUCAUCCUCCCCUUCGCGCUAUCCGCCACAAUGCUCCUUCACCUCGUGCCUUCGCACUACUUCACGGGCGCCGCAGCCCUAGUGGGCACACCCUCUGCUUUCCAACGUAGACUUCGGAACAUGCUGAAACUUCUCGCUCUGGCGGCGGGACCGCUGACGCUAGCAUUGCCCGCUGGAGUAUUGUACUAUUGGAUCUCCACGAUGUUGGUAAGUUUUGUGCAGGGGCAUUUGUUGGACGUGUUCAUGCCGCUGAAGAACCCUGUCAUGCCGUGUACACCUCCGCGAAGCAAGUUGAUGGAAGGUGUUGGAAAGUCGAAGUGGGAUACGAAGGUCAGGGAUGCCUCCUCGGCGAAGCUGAAGGCUCCUGGCGCGAAGCUCUGA